AUGGCCCGAGAGAGGCUCGAACCCGACGUGGGCUUAGACUUUGGCCUUUUGGUAUCGCGGCUCACCACGGCGUUCGCCAUGCUGGCGUCGUCCUUCGGGCCCCCGCGAAGUUCCCGACCCGCCCCGCCCGACUCCGACGCCUGGAGCAAAGUCGACGUCGAACUCUACUUCGAUGACUUGACUCCGGAAGGCACCGAGGCCGAACGUAAGUAUUCGCACAUGUUGGUCGUCCAAGAAACCGCGGAUGCGUGCGAGCCGCGUGUUGGCCUGCCCGACCACGAGAGUGUUUACGACUUCGUAGGGCGCGUCGUGUUCGAAAACGUCGAUAUGAAGGAGUGGAAUAUGGAAGUAACCUUGGCCACCGCCACGACGGACGAGAGCAACCUGCGACACUAUGACUGGAGCCAUAAGCACUUACCUCCCGGCGUCAGCCUCGUGCAUCGAGAUGUGGGAGAACACGACGACAGUGCCGACGACGAACACGUCUCCGAAGGCGUGACGUUUGCGCGUCAGCGCGUGGAGAUCAAAGAGAUCCCGAAAAUGCGGCAAGGCCAGCUCGAUACCUGGGAGGGCACCACGCUUGUCUUAUCGUUCACGUCCAGACAUCCGCACUGGGAUCCAGAUGGAGCAAGAGUGUCGAAUGAAAUCUGGGAUGCUGUGCAUUCCGCUGUCAUGGGUCUACCCGAAGGUGUGCAGGUUAGAAUCAGAUCACCCUCGAGAGACAAAGACGGUAUUGACAAUGUCUUCCAGGCUCCAUCCCGGACAAUCGCACCGCUCAUCCCCAAAUCUUCAGCAACAGUUCAACCAUGGGACCGGACAAACCGUGAGCACUUCUGUGCGAUGAAGUCUGGGCGCUUCGUUGCGACGGACCCGAGAGCCUCGUGUUCCGUCAAAUUGUGUUUCAACGUCUUCCCGCGCCGGUCGUCGCGCGAGAUGCGAUUAAAAUUCAGCUGCGCUGUUUUCAUGAACCACGCCGCGAUGAAAGCUGAACAGUCCCGCGGGCUCGUCGAUUCCCUUUGGGUCAAACCAGCGCAGCUCUGGGACGAACACAACCUCGCUCCCAUAACCCGAAGCGACGAGCGCGAUCGGUCGACGGCUGACGUGGACCCUUCCGCGGCGUCGCCGGAAGAUACGCGGGACGCCCUCGCGCUUUGGGUUCACAUCCGGAAGCGACCGGCGCCGGGUCCGAGCGCGCCGUCACUCGACGAUGACGACGUCGGAGAUGAAAUCGCCGCGAUCAUCGCCGGUGAUGGCCCCGGAAACGACGACGCGGGAGACGAUCGGUACCUCACCGACUUUCCCCGCGACGUGUACGUUCCGCACGAGAUUAAGGUUUACUUCGUCGACGACGACGUGUUAUCUCGCGGCGUCCCCGAGUCAACGGAUGAAGAUCCGGGCUUCAGGCUCCCGCCGAAGCUCUUCCACGCGCGCGGGACUCGCCUACCGCGACAGCUCAGGGACAGAAUGAUCGGUCUCGCGCUCAAGGAAGCGCUCAAGGACCUCAAACGGCAGGACCGAUACGGUUUCAUCGGCGGCGACGAGCGCGAGAGGCUCAGGGUUUGCGACGCGGUGAUUGCCGCGGCGACGGGAAUUCUCGAAGCCGCCGGCCCCGAGCGAGCCCCCGAGUUUUUCUCCCGGAUUCAGCGCAUGGUCGACGAGCGGCCCGACCUGGAUUGGAAAAAAGCCUUCGAGCGGAAACUUCGCGCCACCGCGUUCGGUGAGAUAUCAUGA